CAUAACUGCUGAGCCAUCUUUCCAGCCCUAUUUCUCUCUUUGAAAUGCCUUUUAAGGAUAAAGACAUUCAAUAAACUGGCAUAAAAAUCAUUUCUGCAGGGACUAAACCACCAUUCAAAGAGUACACAUAGACAGACCCAUGGCUCCAGCUGCAUAUGUAGCAGAGGAUGGCUUUGUUGGGCACCAAUGGGUGGAGAAGCCCUUGGUCCUGCCAGGACUUGAUCCUUCCUCCCAGUUUAGGGGAAUGUCAGGGCGGGGAAGCGGGAAGGGGUGGGUGGAUGGGGAGGGGGAAUACCCUUAUAGAAGAAGGGGGGAGGAGAUGGGGGGGGAUAUGGACAGGAAAUCAGGAAAGGGAUAACACUGAAAUGUAAAUAAAUAAAAAAUAUCCAAUGAAAAAAAUCAUUUCUGGUAAUCACAUGUGUCUUUAGCAUCUCUGAAUAUUCUUUGGUGUUUAUCCUAUUUGUUCAUUUGUAAUAUGUGAGCCUUUUUUUCUUAAAGCAUCUUCUCAGUAAUUUGUCUACAUUAUUAAUCCUUUAUAAAAAUUAAUUUUAGGCUUUGUUGAUCAUCUCCGUUAAUUUUAAAAAAGCAUUCUUCCACUAAUUUUGCUUUGAUUCUAUUUUCUUAGUUUUUUUCAAUGUUAGCAUUCCUUAUCUUCUAUGAAUUAUUACAUACAAAUUUUGAUAUGUAGUAUUUCUAUUAUUAACCAGCCUUCCUGGAUGUUAAAACAGCAGGACUCAUGGGAUGACAUGAAUGAGUUCAUUUAUUCACACGAUGCUCAAUCAAACCCCACUUUGAAAGCCAAUUUUUCUCCAUACCCCUGAAAGUGGAAAAUUUCUUGAUUCUUUUGGCCUGUUUUCUUCAUCACCAUUACCAUUACCAUUACCAUUACCAUUACCAUUACUACCACCACCACCAUCACCACCACCACCUGUGGUCACUUCUAGCCACCAAGAGACAAAUGGCCAAAAGUUCAGUUUGGUAAUUGCUAAGUAUAAAAAUAAAGACCUCAACAUUCCUUUAGCCUUAAGGUCAUGGCCUUUCAGAGUCUGGACCUGAUGUAAGUUGUUUGCAGUGGGUAUGUGGGGCUAUUGCUUCAUUAUAUGACUUCAUUAUAUGACUUAUGCUUUGCCUGUGCUCCUGCUUCCCAGGCUGCUGCUAACUUCCUCAGCAUUGGCUUGGGAGAUAAAGUAAGAAGUAGCAAUGAUCUUCCAUGAGGUUGUAUAAGUCUUAGACAUUCUUCCUCCUGGACGUUUUUCUGUAUUCUUCAGAUUCACUACUUCCUCCCCAAGAAGCCAGUUGUCCAAGUUCUUACUAAGGUCAUCUUGAAAUCUCCUCUUUCUCUUACCUUUGACUCUCAUCUCUUCCAAAGGAAAUGUGCAUCUUGUCACUAUAAACUGGGAGUAAGCCUGUCUCAAACGCAUGAAUCUACUAAACUUCACAAAAAUACUUUUCUUAUUUACAUAGUUUAUGCAUCUCUAAGGAUCUCUGCAUUAAAGUUUACUUUGUCAGGUCUUCUAUCAUUCUGAGGUACUCAGCAUGUCUUUGUUCACCUUGAUUUUACCCCCAAUCUUUUUUUUUUUCUUUAAUAUUUACACCUGUCUUGUAAGAAACAUUUGGAUUUCAUUUUCAUUGAGUCUUCUUUAGGCAAACUUAAUCCAGCAAGCCUAUUCUUUUUGAAACAUGUGGGUUGACUUCUACUAUUGGUGUUUUCCAUUAAUCAUGGUUUUACUUAUCUUUUCCUGUCUCUGCUGUGCUAGUCAGUUUUCUGAUUGAUGUUACAGAAUGCCUGAUUGAGCAAUGUGAAGCAGGAUUUAUUUUAUUCCAAGUAGCAGUAAGUAGUCACUGGUUCUAUUGUUUUCAGGGUCAUGGUGAGGCCUUCUCUUUUCUGUGUGAUUCGUUUCAUUUUAUGAAGAACAGAAGCAGAGAGUAAGGAAGGAACAGAAGACCAGAUAUAAACUGGGAGUAAGCCUGUCUCAAACGCAUGAAUCUUAGUGACCUACUUCCUGUAACAAGACUCCACCCCUUAAAGUUUUCAGAACCUUCUAAACCAGGGCUACUAGUUGUUAAUCAAGAAUUCAGCAGCUCACUGUGGGGAAGACAUUUUAUAUUUAUUCUAUAAUAACUGCCUUAUAUUGGGGUGACUUGAGUUCUAUCUUUGCCUAUUGAGAACUUGUAUACCCCUUUAAUAUUCCAUUACAUUAAUUCUGACAUAUAAUGUGCAUACUUCAUCAGAAGUUUACCAAUCUCUGUUCCUCUUUCCAGUAAAAACCUCUUUUAACACUUCAAGUACUGUCACUGUCUGCACAGCUUUCUGUUACUGUAACAAUUAUCUAAGAUAACUUAAGAGGAGGGAAUGUUUGGCUCAGUUUUGGAGGUUUCAGCUGAGGGUGCCUUGGCACCAUUGUUUCUGGGCCUGAAACAUCAUGAUGGGUGCAUGGUAUAACAAGCUACUUACCCUACAGUGUUCACAAAGCAGAGAGGAAGAGGAAAAACUGGGACUGCAAUACCUCCUUUAAGGGCAUACUCUCAGUGACCUAGGUCCUCCUGCUAGCCUCUACUUGUUACAAGUUUUGAUCACUUCCCAGUAGGGCAAGGCUGGGGAGUUAAGUAUUCCUAAGUGGAACUUUGAAGGGUAUGCAACACCCAAGCUAUAGCACUGCAGUCAUAGUCUACAUUAUUAUCAUAUAAUAUUCUUAUUUUCUUUUAUUUUUAUAUAUUCAAAUCGUUUCUAUUGUUGUGAUUGUUGCUUUUUAAGGCCAGUGAUUGUUUACCAUUUUUUUUUUUAGGCUAAUCAUUCCUUAUUUGGUUUAAUCCUUUAAGUUCAAAAUCCUUUAAAAGAUUCUCUAGUGAAAGCCCAUUGGUCUUGUCUGAUAAUAUUUGCUUUAAUUAAAAUCUAGGUUGGCAGUUCUCUUCCCUUGGCACUUUGAAGUCGCUCUCCCAUUGUCUCCAGGCUUCAGUGUUACUAUGGAGAUGCCUGCCUUUCUUGGUGUCAUUCCAUUGAGAGGUAAUCCGACCUUUUUAAGGACUCUCAAGUCUCUGCUACUUUAUUCUGUAAAUUUUAUUUCUGUUUCUAGUGACACAUUUUAUUUAUAUACACACUCUUCAUAUUUCCCUCUAGCUUUUUGAACCUUUGCACUUUAUUUGGGGUCAUUCCUUCAGAUCUUUCAUAAUUUUCUGUUAAGAUGUUUCAUAUUCUCUUUAUCUCACCACUGCAUUUUAGAUGCCAGUAACUAAAAAUUUCAUUUCCAGAAUCUCUUUUAAAAAAAUCUGUCUUGAAGGUGGGUUUUUUGUUUUUUUGUUUUGUUUUGCUUUUUGUUGUUGUUUUGAGACAGGACCUCGAUAUGUAGCUCUGGCUAACCUGGAACUCCCUAUGUAGACCAGACUGGCCUAAAACCCGGAGAUCCACAUGCCUCUGCCUCCUGAGUGCAGAAAUUAAAAGUCUAUGCCAUCAUGCUUGGCUAUCUGAUACUUCUUGACAUUUUAUUUAUUCUCAUGCUUCCUGUCUAGUAAUUUAAAACCACCAAAACAUACUUUAGCUACAAUUUAAAAAUACCUAUUACUCUACUAAUGGAAACUACCAGGGUUCUACUUCUGUUGCACAUUUCCUGUACUGGAUUUUGUUCAUGAUGGCUGUUUUUAUAUAUUUGUUUCAGUUUUGGGAUUGUAAACUGCUUGAUGGGGCUUUAUCUCUGAGGUCUGAGAGGUGUUAAACAUGCUUCUCUUGAAAGGAUGUACCUGCUUCUUUCCAGCUACCUGGACACAAGUAAUUGAGUAGCUAUUGUUUUGGGAUUUCUCAGAUCCUGUGAAUUGUGCAAAUGCAAAUCCUAAAUCUGUCUGUAGGUGUAGAAAAGUAUCAUAGAAAAUCAACAGUGACUUGAAAAAGAGAUGCCCAGACAGGCACAUCCUUCUCUUUUUCUAUUGUCUAGAUUUUUCUUUUAGUUUUUCUAUUCUGGAAGGAUAUUACAUUUCAAUUUUUCUUACUUUAUUUAUUUAUUUAUUUACUUAUUUAUUUAUUUUAUUUUUUUUUUUCGGAGCUGGGGACCGAACCCAGGACCUUGCGCUUCCUAGGUAAGGGCUCUACCACUGAGCUAAAUCCCCAGCCCAAUUUUUCUUACUUUAAAUGGAGGGUUUUUUUGUUUGUUUGUUUGUUUUACUUCCAAUAUUGGCUUUAAUAAGGCCCUGUGUGGAUGAAGGCUGUAUUCUGUAGCCAAAACUAUUAAAAUUCAUGAUUAUAUAACUAACAUGGCUAAUGUCUUUGGGAUAGCAGUAUUAACAGUAAGUAUUACCUCAAUAAGCUAGCUUUCAGAUCCUUACUUAGAUGUCCUGUUAGUAUGUAAUACAUUUUUGAGAGGUAAGCUGUACAUCCUGAGUAGCCUUACAAAAAUACUUUAUCUAGUACUUAAUGGUGCUUUUGUGUGAAAAAGCUCACAUGAUCUAAGAAUUCCCCAUUUAUUUGUGUAGACAUGUAGAUGCAAAUAUAUAUGCAUACACACAUGGAGGGCAGAGGUUGAUACCUUCCUUGAUCAUUCUCUACCUUAUUGAGAAGUUCUGUCUAAAACAGAGAUCACUGAAUGACUGGCUAGUGAGCCUAAGGAAUCUCCCUGUCCUCCUCCCUUUAAAAACAGUGGCAGGGUUAUAGGUGCAAACACCCAUACCCAGGCUUUGUACCCAGAUGUUGGUGAUAUGACUUCAGGUCACUUUACUGACCAAGCCAUCUUCUGACACCAGUUCUUGUUUAGCUGCAAAAUUUUCAGGCUUAUUUAUUAUCUGACAUGAGGUGAAAUACUACAUCAAAGUCACAGCUUUAGUUUUGCAAAUAUAAAAAUCUCUUUGAAUACUAUUCUAUAGAUAUCAUAUGAGACUAAGUCAGGAGGGCUGGGAACACAGCUCAGUGGUAGAGCACAUGUCUACCAUACACAAAGGCCUUUUGUUUGAGACACAGCCUCAUAUAUCUCAGGCUGCCCUCACACUUGCUAUGUGGCUGAGGAUGACGUUAAUCUUUUGAUCCUUAUGCUUCUAUGCCCUAUGUGUCUGUCACCACUCUGUUAUGUGACUCUGGGGAUUGAACACAGGGUUUCAUGCAGGGUAGACAAGUACUCUACCAACCACACCAACCCUUGAUUUUUAAAUGUUAAGAUUUAAUUUACUUUUUUUUGGCAAAGAAGGGUAGAUCUACUUCAUCUCUCUAUUACUUACAUCUUCCUCCAUCUGCCUCUCUUUCCAUUAGCUAAAAUAAUAUAUCAAGGGAGAAAGGCUGCAACCCAAACUCACCUAACAUUCUUAUGUUUUCAUUCCUAUUGUUUUUCAUGAGCUUUUUGAUGAAUCCAUUAAAGAUCUUCUUGUCCAAUAAUAUAUGUUUGCCUUUUAUAUUGUGAACAUAAGUAGAAACCAAUUGUAAUAAAGUAUUGCAGGGCUAAUUAUAUUAUUAUUAUAUUUUAAUAUAAUUAUACUAAAAGUCUCUUUGGUGUUCAAGUAAAAUUCUCUUGAAAUGCUUGUGUUAUCAUGAUUGUUACUGGGUGCUAGGUGUUGAGUCUAAGGUCUCAUGCAUAUAAAACAUAUGCUUUAAGUGGGGUACACUACAGUCCUAUUUUUGUAGUCUAAAUUGGCUUAAUUUUGCUAUGUUAUCAAUUAUCAGUGAUUUUGCAUGCAAUAUAGUCAAUCCAACAAUGCUUAGAUUAACUUCAGAAAUUCUUACCUUGAGGUAACUAGCAUAGUGAUGGAGGUUCACAACAUCAGCAUCCCUACAAGAGGAUGACAGGCAACUAACAAGAACAAAAGCUUCUCCAAGGGCAGUAAGGAUAAUUAACUUCAUUUUAUGACUGUUCCCACUUUAUUAUAUAAGACAAGCAUGGCAAUGCAGUUACCUAAUAGGCACUCAAAGGUGAGGAGUCUUGUUAGCUAGAAGGGUAUUCCUUUAACAAGAAAGAUUUCUUUCAUUUAAAUCAAAGUUUAUUUUGGAUUUAUCAAAUCACUUGUAGUUUCAGCUCUGAAAGGCUUUACAUCUUAAACCAAGGCCAGCCUGGACUAUAGACUGGGUUCCAGGACAGCCAGGGCUACACACUGAGAAUCCCGUCUCAAAACCCCAGCCUCCCAAAUAAUUUUAUUUAACUCUAGUUUUGUAGUUACUCCCCUUUACUCAGGUUGUUGUUACUAGCUUCAUCUAUAUUCCUAAAUGUUUCUCUUUAAAGUUUUUUCCUACUGUUAUGCAAACAAGUGACUCUUGAUAUAGCACUCCUGUGAAAAUAGUCUACUAAUUUUUGGUAUCUGCAAAGAAUGGAGAUCUCUUUGUUGACUAGGCAUAGUAUAUCCAAAAAAGACCCUACUGUAGGCAGGAUAAUGAUCCCCCAACAAAGAAAUUUGUGUCAAGGAGCCUUUUCUAAUGUAGUUAAAAGACUGUGCACCUGAAAAUAAGAUUAUUUUGGUGAGCUCCUAAAACAAAAACCACUGUGGAAGGUUCAGGAAAUGCACCAUCCUUGGCUUUGAAGAGGUCAAGUCAAGGUGUGGCGAUUCUUCCACUUCCUAGGAAGGAAGGCAGCUUCUCUAACAUUUGGAUUUUAGCUUUAGGAGACUUGUAUGGCAAUUGUGGCCUACAAAACCACAUGACACAUUAAGAACACAUUUGGCUUCAGGUGCUUGUCUGGGAGACGUCGGACAGGCAGAAUUCAUUCAGCUCCUGCUCAAUACGCUGUCUUGCAGAGGGCAGCUGGCUGCGUGGUGUGCUCUCCCUCAGGGUAAGGCACAGUCGCUGCUCAUCUCAGAAGGUGAGGAAAAUCCGAACCCCAGGGGUCACCUUGUUUGUGCAUGGGCUGCUAGUUUUUCACUCGCAAGAGUUACGAUAAACUAGGCAAACCCACGAAAACGCCCUCUUAAAACUCGCCUCCUGACGCUCCUUGGCGACAAAGCCAGGACUCACACUGUCCUUUACGGUCCUGGGAGGAUGUCACACGCCUGAGGUCGUGGAUUCUUUUACAGAAGAGGUUCGAUGUCAGCGACUUGCAGUACCAAGUCUCGCGAUAUUUGGAUUUUAGAGGACUGCGCCAGGCCAAUCUCGCCCGGAGAGGAAGUCGCUUCCGCUCGUUGAAAGGAUAGACCGUCUUCUCGCGAUAUCUGGAGGGAGGCGAGCGAUGGAGCGCUGAGGAGCUCAUUCUCGCGGGAUUUAUAGGCUCCGGCGAGCGUUGUUUGGUGGUUGAGGUGACGCCGCCGCGUCAGGCCCCACACAGCGCCCGACGCUCCGGGCGGGCAAUGUCGGGCAGCAGGCCCACGUGCUGUGCCCUCCUCUCCGCUGAAAGCGGCGGGGUUGCUGGGCGCCAUCACCUGACCCGAUGGACGCCUCUGCCCCGCAUCCCCGCGCAGACUCCCACAAAGACAGGUGGUGUCCAGGAGAAAGAUGUCUUGCUCCUUCUUUGGAUAAUAAAAAGCUUUGUGAAGCAAGCAUAAAAUCUAUUACUGUGGAUGAAAAUGGGGAGCCUUUUGCAGUUGUCCUGUAUCCAGAUUUUCAAGAAAAGAAAAUACCUCUUCAGAGACUUCAAGAAGUAAAAUCAACUAAAGACCACUCCAGAAGUCUUAUAUUUGAUGAUGAAGAUUUAGAAAAACCUUAUUUCCCAGAUCAAAAAAUUCCAUCAUUGGUUAGUGCUUUUCAAUUAUCGGAAGAUGGAGACUCAAUUCCUUAUACUAUUAAUAGGUACUUGCGAGAUUACCAAAGGGAGGGAGCUCAGUUUCUCUACAGACACUACAUCAAGGGAAGAGGAUGUAUUCUUGGUGAUGACAUGGGACUUGGAAAAACAAUACAGGUUAUUUCAUUUCUGGCUGCAGUUUUGCAUAAAAAGGGAACUCGUGAAGAUAUUGAAAAUAACAUGCCAGAGUUUUUACUAAAAAGUAUGAAAAAGGAGUCUUCUUCUACAGCCAGAAAGAUGUUCUUAAUAGUUGCUCCUCUCUCUGUCCUCUACAACUGGAAGGAUGAAUUGGAUACCUGGGGAUAUUUCAGAGUUACUGUUUUACAUGGUAGCAAAAAAGACAAUGAGCUGACUCGUUUAAAGCAAAGGAAAUGUGAAAUUGCUCUGACGACCUAUGAAACACUGCGCUUGUGUCUGGAGGAGCUUAACAGUUUGGAAUGGUCAGCUAUUAUUGUAGAUGAAGCUCAUAGAAUCAGGAAUCCAAAUGCUCGAGUUACAGAAGUUAUGAAGGCUGUGAAGUGUAAGGUCCGCAUUGGCCUCACUGGUACUAUCCUUCAGAACAACAUGAAGGAGCUGUGGUGUGUCAUGGACUGGGCUGUGCCAGGACUUUUAGGUAGCAGGAUUCACUUCAAGAAGCAAUUUUCUGACCCAGUGGAACAUGGCCAGAGACACACAGCAACAAAAAGAGAGCUUGCUACUGGCCGAAAAGCCAUGCACAGACUUGCCAAAAAGAUGUCUGGCUAUUUCCUCAGGCGUACCAAGACUCUUAUCAAGGGGCAGCUGCCUAAGAAAGAAGACCGGAUGGUAUAUUCUUCUUUGACAGAUUUCCAGAAAGCUGUCUACCAAACAGUGUUAGAAACAGAAGAUGUGGCUCUGAUCCUCACAUCUUCUCAGCCUUGUACCUGUGGUAGUGGCCAGAAGCGCAGAAAGUGCUGCUACAAGACCAACUCACAGGGUGACACAGUGAGAACCUUGUGCCUUAGUUACCUGACUGUGCUUCAGAAAGUCGCCAACCAUGUUGCACUGCUGCAGGCUGCUAGCACCUCCAAGCAUCAGGAAACACUUAUAAAGAGGAUUUGUGAUCAGGUAUUUUCCAGAUUCCCAGAUUUUGUUCAGAAAAGCAAAGAUGCAGCCUUUGAAACACUUUCUGACCCUAAAUAUAGUGGGAAAAUGAAGGUCCUCGAUCAACUUCUGAAUCAUUUUAGGAAGCACAGAGAUAAGGUUCUUCUCUUCUCCUUUUCCACCAAGCUGUUGGAUGUGCUGCAGCAGUACUGUAUGGCUUCAGGUCUUGAUUACCGGCGACUCGAUGGAAGCACAAAGUCUGAGGAAAGACUCAAGAUUGUGAAAGAGUUUAACAGUUCACAAGAUGUGAACAUUUGUCUUGUCUCCACAAUGGCUGGUGGACUAGGUCUCAAUUUCAUUGGUGCCAACGUUGUUAUAUUAUUUGAUCCAACUUGGAAUCCAGCCAAUGAUCUUCAAGCUAUUGACAGAGCCUAUAGGAUUGGGCAGUGUAGAGAUGUUAAAGUGUUUAGGCUCAUAUCCUUGGGGACUGUGGAGGAGAUCAUGUACUUACGACAGGUCUACAAGCAGCAACUUCACUGUGUGGUAGUUGGAAGUGAAAAUGCCAAGCGAUACUUUGAAGCAGUACAAGGAUCAAAAGAACACCGAGGAGAGCUCUUUGGUGUCCACAACCUCUUCAAACUAAGAUCCCAAGGGUCAUGUCUUACAAGAGACAUCCUGGAGACGAGGAGUCAGCCAGGAGAGCUCCAGAUCAUUUCCCUUGGCUUCUGGGACUUCGUAGUAAAAUGCUUCAUUGUACUUCAUUUAAGAGAAGGCCAAGUGGAAGCUGGCAUCAUGACAGCCACAACAUGGUUGAAAGGGGAAGCUUCAGCUCAGAAACUAGAAACACCUAGAGACCCUGACUGUCAAGAACCCACAAAUGUCUGUGAGCUCUACAGUGACAUGAGUGAUGAGGAGUCAGUGGGAAAGGCUGUUAAACACAAAGUCUCUGGCCCCAGUAGAACUCCAGGCUCCUCAGCACAGCUUACUUUGCUACAGUGUGGAUUCUCUAAAUUGUUUGAGGCAAAGUGUGAGUCAGUCCAGGAUGGCGAUGGAAACCCUGUCUCCAGUGACGGAAGUUCUGAUGAGCAGCCCAUGUGCCUUUCAGCAAAAGCCAGACAAGCUGCUUGUCAGAAGACUUGGGACUCUGUUUGUACUUCAGAACAUCAGAAAUCAGAUAACAUCCAAACUCCAGAUGAAAAAUGUGUUUCUGAUAAAAGCGAGAAAACUUUAGAACAGAAUGUUUCUUCUGAAUCUGAUGACGAGACAAAGUGUCACAGUACAGCUGGACAUCAUUGCAUGGGACAGGGUGACACAGAGUCAGAAGACAGUGAUGUCAUCUUUCCUACACAGGAUCCCACUCAGAGAGUCCCUAAGAACCCUAUAUGCUGUAAGCUGCUGUUAGGUGAAUCUGAAGAUUCUGAAACAGAAGACCCUGUGAAAGUAAAUCAUGACGAUGGCAGACAGAACAGUGGCAGAGGAAAUGGACCAGUUUCAAAUUUCUUGUAUCUUGAGAACAUGACCUUGAAAUCUGUUAGGAAAAGAAAAGGUACAGAUGAUAUUAGCGAUGAGUCUGAUGACAUUGACAUGUUCCCUAAGUCAAGAAUAAGAAAGCAAAGAGCCACUGCUUCCUUGAAACUUAAGAGUAAAAAGGAAAACAAAAGGAAACAUUAUAAUUCCCCCAUAACAGCAAAGGACACAAAUCAAGUUUGUGAAGCAGACGGAGACUGUAGCUCUCAGGUUAUUGAGGACUUUUCAUCCUCAGAUGACAGUUCGUCUGUCAGCCACGUGAGUUUCACUAAAUUAAAUCACAGAGCAGAAACUGUAAAAGGUAAAAGCAACUUGAGGAACAAGCUGCCUGGGCCAGAUAAGAAAAAUAACAGUUUUAUACCAAGAAAACCAGCAAGCUUUUUAAAUGAAAGAGUUGUCAGUCAAGAGCAAAUAUGCAACUCAAUGGAUAAAAUAUUAGAUGGUGUUCAGGAAGUGGCAUAUAUCCACUCAAAUCAAAAUGUGAUCGGAUCAAGCAGAGCUGAAAACCACAUGAGCCGAUGGGCAACACGUGAUGUAUUCGAGUUGAAGCAGUUUUCCCAGCUCCCUGCUAAUGUAGCUGUUUGCAGUUCUGAGACAUACAAAAGUAAGGUGAAUGCAAAUGCAGUGAUACCUACAAAGAAAGACCAGCCACCAAGUGAUGGGCACAUUUCCUCUCCUCUGUAUAUAUCCCACCCUGUAAGCCAGAAAAAGAAAGAUGUCUACCGUACUAACCACACUACCUUCAUCAUUGGAGAAACACCAAGAGGAAUCCGCAGAGAGAAAUGCACCAAAGAACUUCUCAUGGCUUCUUGCCACUUCCACGGACUUGGGCCAAUUAGCAGAGCCUUCUGGUUUCUUCUGGAUCGAACUGCCCUUGCUGAUUCAUAAAUGGUGUUUGGAGCUACCACUGCUGAUUCGUGUGAACUGAGCUGCUGAUAUCCUGACAAUAAAAGUUGGAAUCACCCCAAACAAUUUCUAAACAGGUCCACAUCCUCCUUUGUCCUAUUAACCUUUCCUUUCCACUACCUCUGGGUGGGCUAGAGGGAGGUGAAAGCAUUUAAGAACCUUUACUAAAAGUAGGUUUUGAAAAAUAGAGGCCUAUAUAUUAGAGCCUUGGGCCCUCCCAAGAAGUCAUAAUGGCUAUAUCUGUUGAAGAAAGUCGGGCUUGAAUUAUAUCAAUGGUCAUUUAAAAUGGAGAGAUGGCUCUGUGGGUUAGAGCACUUGCCACAUAAGCAUGAGGACAUGAGCUUGGAUUCCAUUUAAGGGGCUGGGGUGGCUAGGCAUGCACUUGUAACCCUAGCACUGGGGAAUGGAGGCAGGCAGACCGCUGGGGCUUCCUGGCUGCCAACCUAGGUCUAGGUUCAGUGAUGGAAUCUGACUGAAGGGAAUAAGAUGAGCACCUGACCACCCACCAGAGGUAGUGGGAAAGAAAGGUUACUAGGAAAUGGGUGUUGUGAAAUAAUUCUUUAUUGUCAAUCUUUAUUGUCAGCAGUCCAGUCCUCUAGCAAAACACCAACACAGAUUGUUAGCGGCAGUCCAGUCCAUUCGGCAAUCACCACUCACGAAUCAGUAAUGGCGGUUCAAUCCAGAAGAAGCCUCGAGGUCAAAGUUGGUGGAAGUGACAAGCUGCUGAACCAAAACUAAAAGCAUCGUCAGUGAAAACCAGUGAGGCAGAGCAAGGUGAACCAAUGCCAGAGCCUCCUCCCACUGUCUGUGGGUCAUAUUUCUAUUCUUUCUAAGCAUUGCAUGUCCUCUCAUGUGUCUGCUUCAGCAAAACAUCAUAUGACAUUACUGAGUUUCCAAGGAAACCAGAAAUUUCUACUUCAUAAAGUACUAGUGUGUGCUGUCAUUGUUUCCUAUUGUCUCAAGAUCAAGCCUUCAGAAAUGAAGCAACAUGGCACUUAACGGGGAACCUGGAAGGUGUACUAGACUGAUACAAUUUUAAUAAGCGAAAAACUUUAGGACCUGUAUAGUUGAGAACUGUCAACCAUAUGUAGAAGCUGCCGUACAGCACACCACUGUCACCUGCAUAUUCUGCUGCCACUGUGGGAAGGCAAGACAGGACAGGGUCAGCUCUGAUAAACCUAAGCACUUAAUGCCUUGGCAUCCAAGCUGUGAUCUGUGGACACUCUCCAAACAUCAGUUCCCCAUUGCCCAAGACUAGUUACGUUCCAGGGUGCGCAGAAGAUAGCCAAGCCCCAGUAUGUGCAAAUGUCUUACAUAAGAUGACAUAGUAUUAUGUAACAUAUUUGCACAUGGUAUUUGUGUAUAAUAUUUGUAUCUCCUCCAGUAUGUCUAGAUCACUUAUGAUUCUGAAUACCAUAAAUCCUAUGUAAACCAUCAUUAUGCUAUGUCAUUUAAAGAAUGAUGACAGGAAAACAUUUUCUACAAGCUCAGUAUAGAUUCGACUUUUUUCAAAAUAUUUUUCAUCCACAGUUGGUUAAUCUUGUGAAUGUUGGACUCAUGGUUAUAGAGACUUACAUGGUGGGUCUGGUACUAUUCGUGGUUCUAAGUAUCCAUUACUGUGAAGCCUACACAGAAAGAUGGACUGCUGUGUGCUAGGCUUGGGUACAAGUUAGGCACCAAACAAAAACAUGUCAAAACUAAGCAGUUACCUAAGAAAGAUUGCAAAGUUAAAUAAUAUCACUUCAUUUUGCUUAGGAAACAGUGCUCUGAAGCAUGACACAGUCACAGAUUGAAGGCACCUCCAUAUUGGCUCUACCUCACUAAUAUUCCUCCUUCCACAUGACAGAGAAGAAAACUCCCAUCUGAUCUUAGAGGCCUAUUUGUUAGGAAGCCCAAUGGUUCCUUACUGUCAAGUGUAUCUGUCUACGAGUAGUGAUUGUACUGUAGUUAAUGGGACUGGUCAUGCCACAUACUAUUGUGGCUCUCCACUUGGGGAAGUUGCACUACAAAAUGGUCAUAAAAACUAGUUGUGGAAGAUAGUAUCCCAAACACUGGAGAAGGAGACACCCCAGGGGUAUCCAAGAGAAAGUGCUGGGUGGAGGAGACUUGAAUAGAGACUUCCUAUGGGACUUGUGAGCCAUCUCCCUGGGCACACCCAGAAAUAUAUGGUGGUAGGGUUCACAAAGGACCACUUAUUCAUACGCAGAGUUUUUUUUAAAAAAUUCAGUCUUCAGGGUAGAAAGAGUGGGUACUAUCUAAUCAGAGUCUUUUACCAUUUGGGCCUGAGGCUGAAGUUCCUAGAAGAAAAGAGAGAGAGAGAGAGAGAGAGAGAGAGAGAGAGAGAGAGAGAGAGAGAGAGAGAAAGGGAGGAGAGAGAGAGAGAGAGAGAGAGAGAGAGAGAGAGACGGAUGGACAGGAAGGGGUACCUGUAUUGAAGAUUUUAGAAGGCCAGAUGACUGGAUUUGGGAAUUGUGGCUUGUAGACACAAGCUCAAUUACUUUGGGCUAGUCUUCAUGCUUUUGAAAGCCAUUGUCUUAGUUAGGGUUUUACUGCUGUGAAACAGACACCAUAACCAAGGCAACUCUUAUAAGGACAGCAUUUAAUUGGGGCUGGCUCACAGGUUCAGAGGUCCAUUAUCAUCAAGGUGGGAACAUGGCAACAUCCAGGCUGCCAUGGUGCAGGAGGAGAUAAGAGUUCUACAUUUUCAUCUGCAAGCCUCUAAGAUUGACUUCCAGGGAGCUAGAACUAGGGUAUUAAAGCCCACGCCCACAUUGACACACCUACUCCAACAAGGCCUCACCUCCUAAUAGUGCCAUUCCCUAGCCCAAGCAUGUAUAAGCCAUCACAGCCAUCCCUGCGUCUGACCUAAAAUCUUUCUGACCUUACAGUGUAUUCUCACCAGACUUAUAGCUCUCACCCAUCCAAAAGCUGUCAGACAGCAUCUGAAGCCUGUGGCAGAGUUUGCCCUGCUUUGCUAUAACCUGCCUACCCCUGGCCCACCAGUGCAGUUGACAAGCAAUGUGAUUUAUGACUUUUUGUGUAACUAAUAAAAAUCUCAUAUAACAUGUCAAUCAAAGGCAGAACAUGGUAUUUGGGGAGACCAGAAUCUAUGUUCCCAGGCCAUGGUCAAUCAUACUCAGCUCCAGAAUUAAUUUAUUCUCUUGAUGCCAUCUGCAUCAAUAGACCCUACUUUCCGGGAAUCUACAAUUUGUCUGGCAGGUAAACUCUAGGAAUGUGAACAGAAGUAAUCACGUUCAUUAGUAAUCAUGUGCCACACCAGCCACACACAGGCAUCUGUGGGAAAUUUCUAGUGGCUCACACAUGCAGUAGAAUACUGUGUGUGUAAUAGGAACACCACAUGUGUGAUGUGAACACUGUAUGUAUUAUGGGAAUAUUGUAUGUGUUAUGAAAACACUGUAUAUGUGUUGGGAGCAUGUAUAUGUGAUAGGAACACUAUAUGCAUUGGGAGCAUGUACAUGUGAUGUAAACACUAUGUGUGUAAUAGGAACACUGUAUUGUGAUGGGAACACUGUAUGUGCCAUGGAAACAUUUUAUCUGUGAUGGGACUGGGGACAGAAGCAGCCACAGGAAAAGGACUGAAGGUAGAUGAGGCAAGCCUUGUGACAGGCUCUGCCCUCAGACAUCCCCCAAGAUUUGAGGGGAGAAGUACAGAGUGGGGAGUUUGUCCACCGUGCACAAAGUGUUCUGAGCAGAAUCAGCAAGUGGCAUAUUCAGACCAGAGCCUCAGGGCAUGUGUCCUGUGGCCUCCCCAGAACUCAAGGUGAGAGAGCUGACACUCCAGAGGUAAGAGUAUUCUCUCAGAAAAGAGCCAUGCAGACUCUGGUCCAGGGAUUUGUUUCUGGACAUUUUAAGGAGGCUGGGAGGGGACCCUGGAGGAAGGAGGCUAUGGUGGGGACCUCAGGAAGUGCCUCAAGUCCAAGAGUUCUGAGGUUCAUUUGGUAUAAUGGCUCAGCAUUUGUCUCACUGGAGUGUUUUUUGUUUUUUUUUUAAUAUUUGACUCAAAAGCACACAAAAGGCCUAAUGUAGAAAAUCAAGCCCCAUUAUCACCCAAAUGUGCAUUUUGUAAAACAAAUGAGAAGUGGGGGGAGAAUAAAGACUCUUUAAAGUACAAAUAAAAUAUGGAGCUUAUGAAAUCUGAGAGAGGCCAAGGCUGGUGGGAAAGUCCAAGACAGUGCCUGGCCUAGCCAGUUGUCCUGUUCACCAGCAGCUCCACUCAGAGGUCUCUCCAGCUAACACAUGCAGGGGGUACAGUUCCCUGCUCAUCCCCUACCACCAUGGCAACUCCCUGCUUCAGGGUGGUGGAGCUAAGUAAAAAACCACACACACACACACACACACACACACACACACACACACACACACACACACUGUUUUUGACAUACCUUACUCUCCUCCUCCAGAUCCUCUCAAGUUCCCCUUAACUCCUGCCACCCUGAAACCAUGAGCUCAGAUAAAGCCUUCCUGUGAGUGCUUUUCUCAGACUUCUGAUCACAGCCGUGGAAAAGUGACCCAGACCCUGUCAACACUUGUGAAUGUCAAACUUUCUGGUUCCAGUCAUCAUUUUGUCUGUGGUUUCUUAUUUGGUUUCCCUGAUGAACAACAAUACGGUCAAAUACCCUUUCAUAUGUCUCAGCCACUGACACAUCUUCCUUGGAUGCUUCGACUGCUCACAGCACACCACUGCAGUGUUUGGAAUCUUGUGGGUGUUCCUUAUUCUCAAUAUCAAUCCCUUAUCAAGUACCUGAUUUUCUCUCUGUGGGAUGUUAUGUUGUCUUCUCUCUUCUCUUUUCUCUUUCCUUCCCCCUCCCUCCCCACUCCCUUCCUUUUUCUUCUUUAAGUUUUCUUGAUGCAGGCUGUCACUUUGGGCCCAGACUAGAUUUGGUUGUUCUCCUUCUGCCUCGGCAUAUCUCAUGCCCAGAGUCUUUACAUUUUCUGUGUGGAGUCCUUUGUAGCAGAUACACUUUUUAUGAUAUCUGAUUGUUAAAUUUUUAUUCUCAUUCUCUCUCUCUCUCUCUCUCUCUCUCUCUCUCUCUCUCUCUCUCUCUUGUUCUUGGUGUCUCGACCAAGAACCGUUUGUAGAAAUCCAAGAUGAUGCUUCUGUUUUCUUGCUGAGGCUUUUUACAGUUUCACCUGUAUGUCUUUUAAAUUGUUUAGGUUAACUUUAGUAAAGGCCUUGUGAAUGCCAAGCUUACUGGUUCCAGUCAUUCUUUUGUCUGCGGUUAAUUUGUGUUUCCCUGAUAAACAUUGCUGCCAAAUACCUUUUCAUGUGUUUUAGCCAUUGACGAGUCUUCAAAAGGCCUUCACACGUGUUGAGUGGCUGGCUAUUCAGUUCUCAGAAUGUUUGCUGAAAAUCCCAUUCUUUUCCCAUUCGGUGACCUUGGCGUCCCUGUCAGAACUCUGUUUAUCACAGAUUUGGGGGCUUAUUCCUGGAAGACAAACAAGGUGUUUGUCUCCUCUGGCAGCAACACACGUUUUUGAUGAUUACAUGUGAGUGUGUUAGAGUCACCUUGUCAAUUUCUACAAAAUGGUUCCUGGGAUUCUGGGGAGUAGAGAGAAUCCAUGGUGUCUGUGAGCCCCAGUGGUCUCAACACUUUCAGCUUGUGUCUCUGAUUAUUUAAACACUCUUAACUUGAGUGAAAAGUUUUACACUCUUCAGAGGACUUCAAAUACUAUAACUUUACUAAACGUGUGUGUGUGUGUGUGUGUGUGUGUGUGUGUGUGUGUGUGUGUGUGUGUGUGUGAAGGAGUUGGCCUUUAUACAGCCUGGUUGAAGAAAGAAGAAACAAAAGGUAAAAAGCAGAUCAGUUAUUUAAAACUUAACUUUCCCCAUAAGACAGAAGCAGGAACUAGUUUCAGUUUGGUGAUUUGGAACUUCAACGUGGGCUGUCUCCAGCCCUUUGAUUUUUAGUAUUAUUUGUUGGAGCCGGGUAUAGAAGAACAGUCAUGUAUAUGUCCAUGUUAGUAGACAUCUCAAUUGCUCUACACCUUAUUUUGUAAUAGAGCCUCAUCAAUUUGGAUAAGUUUGCUGGCCAGUGUGCUUGCAGGGAUUCACCUGCCUCUGCCGGACCACAGAACUGGGAUUACAGACAAGAGAUACAGUCCCUGUUUUUGUGUGGGUGUCUGUCUUAGUCAGGGUUUGUCUUCCUGAACAAAAUAUCGUGACCAAGAAGCAAGUUGGGGAGGAAAGGGUUUAUUCAGCUUACACUUCCACAUUGCUGUUCAUCACCAAAGGAAGUCAGAACUGGAACUCACACAGGGCAGGAACUUGGAGACAGGAGCUGAUGCACAGGCCAUGGAGGGUGCUGCUUACCUGGCUUGCUCAGUUUGCUUUCUUAUAGAACCGAAGACCACCAGCCCAGGGAUGACACCAUCCACAAUGGGCUGCCCCACCCCUACCCCUGGCUUAAUCACUAAUUGAGAAAACGCCUUACAGCUGGAUCUCAUGGAGGCAUUUCCUCAAGGGAGGGCUCCUUUCACUGUGAUAACUCCAGCUUGUGUCAAGUUGACACACAAAACCAGCCAGUACACUGUCAGAGAGAAAAUUCAUCUCCUGAUGCUUGUGUGGUAGGUUCUUUGCUGUCCAAACCAUUUCCCCAGCCGUAACCUCACCAUACUUCCCCCUCAGAAUUUCCUAAAUACUGUGUUGUGUCAUUUACAAAUAGAGCAUUGUGAUUCUUCCUAACAGAUGCUCGUUCGUUUCUUUAGUAACUGUGCUGCAUAAAACUGCUGGUAAAUGUUAUCUAGAAGCACUGGGAGCAGUUACUCUCUUCUUGUUGCUGAUCUCAGUGGGGAAGAAUCUGGUUGUUUGGGGUUGAGUGUGACGUCAGUUGUUGGCUCUCCACAGAUGUCUCCCUUCAGUAGGGGGAUGUCUCUUUUACUCCUCACUCAUGGGGCCUUCCCAUCACAGUGGCAAGAGUUAGAAUUUGUCAAUAGGUGCUUCUCAUCUGCUCAAUGAUCAUUUUAAUUCUACUGUUUCAAUGUUUGCACGAAUAACCUGACGUUAAACCCACUCUACAUCCUGGGAAUGCAUCUCACUUAAUGGGGUAUAACAUUGUACGUGACUGGAUUUGGUAUGGUUAACUUUGUAAAGGAUGAUUGUGUCCUGCUUAUAGAGACAUCAAUCUGUAAUUUUCCUUUCUUUUGAUGUCUUUAUUUGGUUUUAGCAUCUAGUUAAUACUGGCUUUAUGGAACAGUUGGGGAACUUUUCCUCUUCUGGUUUUUUUUUUUUUUUUUUGGAAGACUUUUGUGAAGAACUAUUAUUUAUUCCUCCUUAAAGGGUUGUUAGGACUCAAUAAUGAAACCUCCCAGCCUGGGAUUUUUCUUUGUGAGCGACUUUGUUAGUAAUUCAAUUUCCCCUUUUGUUAGAGGUUUAUUCACAUUGUCUACUUUUAAUCAGUUACAUUAUUGUCUUUCAGAAGAUUUACCCACUUCAUCUGUUAUUUUGUAUUUGGACUACAUCAGUUACAGUAUUCUUUAUAAUACAUUCUAUUAACAUAAAUCAGACGGUUGUCUGCCCUCUUUCAUUUAUUAUUUUAAUAUUUAGAGAUUUUUCUCUUUUUAUCUUGGUUAAUCUAGGUACAGCUUUUCUUUAUUUUCUUAAAGCAUCAGCUUUUGGUUUCAGUGAUUUUUCUUUAUUAUCUUCCAAUAAUUUCUACUCUGUUCAGAAUUAUAUCCUCUUCAUUGUUCUUUUCCUAGUGUAAUAUCAUUUUCAUAACACAGGCUGACCUAAAACUUGCAAUCCUCCUGCUUUAACCCCCAAAGCACCGGGACUGCAGCUAUACACCACCACACCUUUGUCUUCUGUGAUUUAAUCAGUUUAGCUACCAAGUUCCUCUGAGCAAUACUUUGACUGCAUCAUAUAACGUGAAUUACAGUUUUAUUUUCAGUUAUCUCCAACUCUUUUCUGAUUUCACGUCUGCUGUUUCAGUUUUGUGGUAUUUAACAUGAAAGCCAAGGGCUGCUACUUGCUAAGCUCCCAGCCUACCACUGAUUCCCUUUGAAUUCUGACUCUCUAGUUUUAGGGGUGUUUGCCUAAUUUAUACUAUUUACAAGUUUCCCAAGUUCUUUUUUGCUUCUGGUUUCUUCUUUUAUUGAAUUGUUGUCAGAGAACAUACCCUGUAUUAUGUCUGAGAGUUGCUUUAGCAUUAAAGUGAGAUUUGUCAUGGAAAAAGUGCCAUGUAUGCCUUGAAAGAAUACAUAUGUAAUGUACUGUGUUAUAGUCUGUUAUGUUGAGAUGUUCUAUCAGCUAUUGGGUCUAAUUUUUUUUCUUUUAAAAAUAUUUAUCUUUAUUUUAUGUAUGUGAGAGUUUACCUGUAUGUAUAUAUGUGCACUGUGUUCUUGCGGUGCCCAUAGAAGCCAGAAGAGGGAACCAAGUUCUCUGGAACUGGAGUUAGAGUUCAGGUAAGUGCUGAGAACCAAGCCCAGGUCCUCUACAGAAGCAGCCAGUGCUCUUCAUCCCUGGGUUACCUAUCCAGCUCCGUGUUUAGUUCUUUUAAGUGGUUUCCAUAGAGUUUACUGCAUGCAUUUCAAAAGAAUUGAGUUCUAGUUUGUACCACUUAUAGUGUUGUUCCAGGGAUGAACAAAUGCAGCCCUGUAGAGUUAGUUACAUUGCAACCCCCUUUUUUAAAAAAAGAUUUAUUUAUUUAUUUAUUUAUUUAUUUAUUUAUUAUAUAUGAGUACACUGUAGCUGUCUUCAGACACACCAGAAGAGGGCAUCAGAUCCCAUUACAGAGGGUUGUGAGCCACCAUGUGGUUGCUGGGAUUUGAACUCAGGACCUCUGGAAGAGCAGUCAGUGCUCUUAACAACUGAGCCAUCUCUCCAGCCCAUACCCCCUUUUUUUAUUGAUGCUAUUUAGACAUCUUAGAUCAUUAAUAUAAAAAAAUCACCCUUGUCUUAGUCAUUGUCAUAUUAUUGUGAAGAGACACCAUAACCAAGCCAAGUCUUAUUUUUUUAAAAAAGCACUUAAUUGGGCGCUUGCUUACAGUUUCAGAGAGGUGUAGUCCAUUAUCACUGUGGCAGGGAACAUGGCAACAAUCAGGGCAGACAAGGUGCUUGAGAAGUAAUUGAGAGCUACAUCCUGAUCCACAGACUGAGAGGAAGACAUGGAACUUGGCCUGGGCUUUUGAAACCCUAAAGUCCACCUCCAGUGACAAGCUUCCUCCAACAAGGUCACACCUAAUCCUUUCCAUUAGUACCACUCCCUGGUUACUAAGCAGUCAAUAUACGGAGCCUCUGAAGACCAUUCUUAUUUAAACCACAACAACCCUGUUAUUGGCUUACCAGACACCUUUAUAGUCUAAUAGAGCUUUGCCCUCUCUACCGUCUUUGUGUUAUUGCCAAAUAUACCAAAUAUAUCACAUGUAUCUGACACCUUUAUGUGUUGUAGAUCCCAAGAUACAUUAUGUCCAUAUCAUUUUGGAAAAGUUGUUUAAGUCAGACAAGACAAAAAGAGGCAGGAAAACAUGCAUUUACUCUACCCUUUAUAAUUGCACAGGUACCUUUGCUAUUUGUUGUAUGUGAAUUCAAGUUACUAUAGGGGUUACAUGCUCUCAGCCACAAGAAUUCCUUUUAGUAUUUCCUGUAAGGGCAGUUAGCCAACAUCAAAUUCUCAGGCUUCCCUUACCUGGGAAAAUGUUUAUUUUGCUCUCAUUCUGUAAUAACAGCUUCAUAGCAUAUCUGCAACUAUUCUUGCUUUAGCUAAUCUUUUCCAUGCACCUUUUGACUGUGUCAUCCACUGCUCUGCAGCCUCCAUUGUUUCUUCCAAGAAGUCAGCUGUCAAUCCUCCUGUGGUUUCCAUCUCUUGGUGCUUCUUUCAAGAUUUUUUUUUUUAAUCUUUAACCUUCAAUGUUUUUGCUAUGAUAUGUCUGUUUCGUUUGUUUGUUUCCAGUUCUACUUAGAGUGUGUUGAUUUUCCUCCAUGUGUACGUCACUGUAUUUUAGCAAGUGUGGGAAUACUCUGAAAGAUUCUGUGUCGAUAAUUUUGAUGACAUAGGUGAAAUGGCCCAAUGUCCAGGAAAACACAACCUAUUGCAACUCACACAAGAAAGAAUGGACAAUUAACAGACCAGCGUUUAUAAACUCUUAUAUAAAUGAAUCAAUAAUCAAUAUCCUUCCAAAACAGAAAGCACCUUCUCCAGAUGGAUUCGCUAGUCAGUUGUACCAAACACUUGAGUAAUAAACCAUGUCAAUUCCCUAUUGGCUCUUUCAGAUGUGAAGGGGACUGCUCCAGUCAUUCUGUGACCAUUACCCUAGUAUUAAGGCUUUGCAGAUAGUUUUGAUCUCUUUGUGAUUUUUUUUUAUGGGUAUGUGUAUAUGGGUAUGAGCUCAUGUGUGCAGGAGCCCAGAGAGGCCAUUAGAGGGCAUCAGAUCCUCUGGAACUGGGGUUCCACACGCUCCGCCAUGUCAUGCUAGAAACUGAACUCAGUUACACUAUAACAGAGUUACAUGCUUAUAAAGCACUGAGCCUUUUCUCUGACUCCUAGAGAAUAGACUUGUAAACUGCUCCGGGUGGUGCUGCAUUAUGGCAACAUUAUGACGUGUGCCAGUUGGUAGCAUUGUCUGGUGGGUAGGUGGCCCGAAGGGGUUUCUAUCUGAUUCUGUUGCUCAUUUAACAGUUUCCAUUUUUUUCUCUUCCAUCCCUCCUCUUCAUCUUCUUCCUCUUCCUCUUGCUUUGUAACUGGUUCUAAGGAAAUCCUGCAUUUCUAAAAGCUACUCUUUUGGCUUUUCCUUGAAUUCAAGAAAUUAUCAGUUUCUAAAAGCUAGUUUGCACCAUACACUUUAACUGCCAUACACCAAAAUUACAAUAACCCCAUCACACUGUUUAAUAAGGCAAUAAUUGGUCCCCAGGCUGGCAAACCUUCCAGCCUUCUACUAGAUUCUCCUGUCUGUGGAGACUGGGUUGCUACCUCAUAAAACAGCACAGCAGUUUCUAGGACUUCAAGGAGGAGGCCAGAAAUUCGAUUAGCUGACGCCUUUCCCCCUCUGUGCUUGGCAUAUUUUUAUUCUUGGGAGGAGUAUAUAAAACACACUGUUUGCAGCAUUUAUAUUUAACUAACACCUAAUAAUUUACUGUUUUAUGUGUAAAAUCUAUCGCCUUGGAUCUUUUUUCAAUUUCUUUCUCACAUCUUUGUCUUUCUACAAUAAGCCUAAUCCCCAUACAGUGCAGUUUAAGAGUGCCCACACUGAUCACAUAGCCGAGAGAGUAGCUCCCACCCUACCUAGUUAUAGGCUCUAUCUUAAAUGGUGCUGCAGCCACUUAUCCAUGGAGCGUGUUUUAAGACCCCAGUGGAUGCCUCAAACCAUGGAUCUUACUGAACCCGUGUACUGCGGGUUUUCCCCGUGUACCCUGCAGCACUGAAACAGAGUCAAUCUGUCCUCUGGCGUGUUUUACGCAUCACCUUCAUGUUUGGAAGCCAUUAUUAAGUAAAAUGAAGGUUAGUUUGGUGGGCAUCUGUUAAGUAAGAUGACUACUAAGUGACUGACAGUCAGGUAGCAUACACGGACGGAUACAUUGAACAAAGGGGUGAUUCACACCCCAGGCAGGACAAAGUUGGAUGGCGCAAGAUUUCAUUAUGCUGCUCAAAAAUAGCGUGCAAUUUCAAGCUUAUGGCUUGUGGAUUUCUGGAAUUUUCCAUCUAAUAUUUUUGGACUGCAGUUGACCACAGAUAGCUGAAACCCAGUAAGAGAGGGAUUAUGGUUUGAAUGUGAAAUGUUCCCCACCAACUUAUGUGUUUGAAUAUUUGGUUCCCAUUUGGACAGCACUAUUUUGGGAAGUUGUGGAAACUUUAGACAGUGGGGCCGAGCGGGAGGAAGUUGGGCACUGGAGGUGGGCCCUGAAGGUUGCAAUCCCUGUUCCUGUCCCUCUUUCUGUUUCCUGUCCACCACAUGCUCCCAGUAUCAGGAUUAAGCCUAAGCAUAUGGAACUAAGCAACCAUGGGUGGAGCCCUCUGAAACCAUGAGCAGAAUAAUCCCUUCCUCCCUUAGAUCACUUCUGCCAGAAAUGAUGUCGUAGAUUACUCAAAAGUAAACUACCUCAGCGUCCACCAAGUACAACUGUUAGAAGACCACUUGGAUGCCUGCCCCAGGGGCAACAUCAACAUCACAGAUGUCUCAGGAACAAGGAAGUCCGACAGAGAUUCAGUUGCUCUAAGAUCCAAGAGCACGGUUGAGUCUCUGUGCCUAGGGAUUUCUGAGUGCACGUGUGCAUAUAUGGGUAACUGAGCAUAUGUUGUAUGCAUGAUAGCAUUUGAGCUUGGGAUGGGAGAAACAAUCUUCUUGUUUGGUUUCUACCUGGGAUCACUACAUUGGUCUUUGUUUUCUCUCUGCUGCAACAUACCACCCCUCAGCUAGAAAUGCACCAGACCGUCAUUCUGAUGUCAUACAUCCACAGAGUUGUGGUCAAAUGGCUACAAAUCGGGGUGGGGGGAGGUAAAUGCUAUGUCUCCAAGGGGCUUGCUUUUGCUGGAUUGUAGAAAUUCCUGUUUCCCUGUAGAACCAGAACCCGCCAUCAAUUGCAACAUUUAUAAUCUUUCAGGACAUCACCCCUUUUCAACAUCUGUCAGAAUCCUGGAGACCAAACCCCACAAUAGUUAAAAAAAUCCCCCAUUUCUAAAAAACUGAAGAGCUUGGCUUUUAAUGUUUUGUAGACAAUGUGGAAUCCUGAAUUUUUAAAAAUCAUUUUGGUGGUGACAGACAAGACUAAACUGAAAUAAAAGGAACUAGGUACAGAAGGAUACAUAAAGACUGACCAAGUAUCUUCAGAGCAGGAAGCAGGAUGACCAUGAUGGAAGGAAGCUAAAUGGAUGGGAGCAGAGAACAUGGAAACUAUGCCAGAUGUCCACUAGGUCUGUGACUAGAAGAUCUGGGGUCAGAGAGUGAGAAGAGCAGAGGGGACUUGGAGAUGUGGUUGUUGGGGCAGGGAGUCUGCAGGUAUUUCUGUGGGUUGACAUUCUGAAAGCUCCUUAGAAAGCCACCCAGCCUCAGAGCCAGAACUGUCCUUGACCAGAGUAAAUAUCACAGGAGUUGAGAAUCUCUUCCAACGUCCCACUGAAGAUCACCAGGCACUGACUCUAAAGUUAGUUCUUUGGGGAUGAGAAAAGACGAGGUCUAGUUUGUACCCUGGACAGCUGGGCAGUCUCUCUCUCUCUCUCUCUCUCUCUCUCUCUCUCUCUCUCUCUCUCUCUCUCUGUGUGUGUGUGUGUGUGUGUGUGUGUGUGUGUGUGUGUGUGUGCCCACUUCUGGAACAUAAGGCAGGUAGAAAGAGAAGCUGGGUCAAUGCUGGUGGCACCAAUCCAGCUAAGCCAGGUGGAACAAAAGGGAGCCAGGAGUGUCCACAGUCCCAGGAAAAAUCGUUUUUUAAAAAUACACACAACAGGGCUUGGGGAUUUAGCUCAGUGGUAGAGCGCUUGCCUAGCAAGCACAAAGCCCUGGGUUCAGUCCCCAGCUCAAAAAAAAAAAAAAAACAAAAACAAACACACACACACACACACACACACACACACACACACACACACACACACACCAAUCCCUCUGUCCCCUCUUCCCUCUUCUCCUGAGCCUGCCAAAAUGUCAUCUUCAUUUGCCAAUAUCAGUCAUCUGAGUGGACAUUCACAUAUGACAUUCAGAUCUGUCAGGCUGGAGAGGUGGCUCAGUGGUUAGGAGCUGCAGUUUUUCUAGCAUCCAUAUCAGAUGGUUCGCAACCCGUAUUAACUCAGUUCCGGGGCAUCUGAUGCUCUCUUUUAGUCUUCAUGAGUACCUGCAUUGCCUGCACAUAUCCACACAUACAUACAAUAUUAUAAUAAAUAUAUACAUACAUAUAUACAUACAUACAGGUUCUAAGGUAAAAAUAAAAUCAGAGCUGUCUGGUUAAACUAGUAAAAUUCAGAGGAGUCACAGCCUGAGGGGACAGCCUAGCCACUGUCUAUGCCAGCUGAAGAGACAGAGCUGAGGUGCUCACUCAGGGCCAUGGCAGACUAGGCAAGGCCCUGAGCCCCAAGACUGCAAAAGUCUGAAGGUUCCAUCCAUGUGCUUAGCCUUGGUUGCCAGCUGAGAACAGGCCCCAAGGGGAAAAAGGAGGGUACAGUCAAAGUGACCAAAGGGAGACACCAUAACCCACCAGAGCACUCUGUGGCAGACAAAACUAACCUGAGUUAUAAGAGGAACUUACCGGAAAGAUUUAAGAUAUAAUUUUGGAAGAUGCCAUGUGGGAUGACUGGAGGAUCAGCUUCUGAAAUGAAAUAAAACAGAGAUGCAGAAUGCAGUGAAGCUUCGUCUCCGUACAUACAAAGACUGUUUGACACACAGCCAGAGACAGUCUCCGGCAGGCUCAUCAUACCACUGAGGCAUGUCACCAUCACACCUCAUGCCUCUUCAGUCACAGCUGCGGGCUCUCUAUGUCACUCCUCUAAGCACCCACAUCCGGGGCUGCAGAGAUGGCUCAUCAGUUAAGAGCACUGAUUGCUUUUUCUAGAGGUCAUGGGUUCAGUUCCCAGCAACUACAUGGAGACUCACAGUCAUCUGUAAUGGGAUCUGAUGCCCUCUUCUGGUGUGUCUGAAGACGGUGUACUCACAUACAGAAAGUAAAUAAAUAAUACUUUUAAAAAAAUAAAAAGUGGGGUUGGGGAUUUAGCUCAGUGGUAGAGCGCUUGCCUAGCAAGCACAAGGCCCUGGGUUCGGUCCCUAGCUCCGAAAAAAAGAGAAAAAAAAAAAAAAAAAAAAAAGCCCACACCCAAAUGAGAGUGCCACUGAACUGAGCACACUGAGACCCAUUCCCUGUCUUCCAGAAGAAAAAUAGUUAAUGGUUUCCCUGCACACAACUUCCACAGAUGUUGGUUUUCUCUCCGAGAAGGCAGGGCGCCCAGCAACGCCUGAAAAACACAGCAAAUGUCCCCUACCGAAAGAUGGGACGGGUAGAGUGGCAGUUUGGCCUCAGCUAUAAGAAAUCAUUCUGUAGUUGUUUGCUUUUUUUAUACGUACCCCAGGCUGGCUGGCCUCCAGUUUGGAAUCUACCUGCCUCGGAGUCCUCAGUUCUGAGAUCAUAGGUGUGUGCUUUACAUACUCAAUCAGCAUGACUUCUGAGAGCGUUCAUUCCUGCCAGUUUUAUAGAUGAUAGGGAGUGGAGGAAGUUGAAGACCUUGCUCAAGAUCCCACGUGGGAAAGAAAUGAAGGGGGGUUCAGUGUGUACCCGGUGGCUCUUUGUGAUAAGACUUUUCUGGGGUCUGAUGGGCGUAGGAGUGCUGGCAAGUGAGUGGUCAGUGUGUAAGGUAUUUGAUGGUUGAAUGUUGGCUGAAUGUCAAGUUGGUCUUGGAAAGAUGCUAUUCAUUUGCUAAUAGAAUAGAUGACUUAGCAAAUGGGUCCAUCUCUCACAGUGCUGGGCUUUAAAAGUCACAGAUCACAGUGAUGACUGGCUUUGCUUCUCUUGGCUUGUAAGGACCCUCGUUUCCAUGUGUUGUUGCCUGGCAUCAACCUGUCGAUCUUAUUGGAUUAGAUGCCCAUCUUAAUGAUCUGUGUGUGUGGGGGUGUGUGUGUGAGAGCUAGAAAAGUCGGUCUGUCUCUGUCUCUCUGUGUGUGUAUCUCUGUGUGUGUCUCUGUCUCUCUCUGUCUCUGUCUCUCUCUGUCUCUCUCUGUCUCUCUCUCUCUCUCUCUCCAAACUCUGCCCCCCAAGUCCACAUGGAAUGUCUUCCUCGUGUGUCUGUUUGAGGCUCAAAUCUCCCUUCCUUUUCUUGCUGGGAUAACCUUCUUGUCAUCAUGUUAGACUUAGCCAGAUGCUAAAUCCAAGAAGCUCUCAUUUCAACAUCUUCAAUCUGAUCCCAAAACUCUGACUUCCAAGUAAGAACACAUUUUUAGUUACUGUGUUUAAGACUGGGAGAUACCCUCUCAGGGGUCACUUUUUGUCACACUGUAGCCACCUGUCUCCUCUGCAUCACACCUCCCCUUCUCAUUCACACAAGCCAGUUCUGGCUUUACUGCCACCCUCAUCCUGUGCCCCAGAUCCUGGCUCGGAGAGGUGGUGAAGAACACUCAAACUCUGUAUCUUUUCUCCACAUCAAGACUCUCAGAACUGAGGGAGCACAGCUUUCUCAUUCUCUGAGUGUGACAGAAAGAACAACUCCAUAAAGAAGCCUCCUCCCUGGAGAGGCACCAUUUAUACUUUAGUACAUCUGUGUGUCAAUAGUAUUUACCCAGCUGGUAAUGUCCCAGCUCUAGAGGCAAGUCCCAACAGUCAGUUGUGCCUCAUGUGGGAUCCAUUGAUUUCGGGUGGCCUGGGUUCUUUUGUCACCUAUGAUAUGAUCAGUGUUGGCCAAGUUCCAAACACCUUUGGCUGUGUUUAGAGUCUGAGAAAAGAGAAAGAUUCAGAUACCCCCCUCUGCAUAAUCUGAAGACACUGGUGUGUUUUGAUUUUGAUUUUCAAUGUCCACAGAUUCCUUUUGCCACUGAAUAAAAACUUCUGGAUCCUGGGGUGGGCUCAGUCUACAGCUGGUACUGUACCCAGUGUCCUUCCAGCCUCCUGGCUGCCACUUAGCACAGUUCCAGUGUGUCAGUUAUAGGGUCUGCCAGGCACCCAGCUCUGAGAUUCACACUGCACUCAAAGGAACAUGUUGCUUCUAGAAUAAAUCCUUGAUGGUUGUCACUCAUGAGAAUCAACUGGGAAUGAAACCAUUUUAGCCUAGGGAUGGAACAGUGUGGCACCCCUCGUUGUCUAGCUGGGACCUAGGCUCAGUCUGGGUUUGUCAGCCUGAGCCUCAGUUUUUCCUUUCACAUAGAUACCUGAGAGUCUUUCUACCCCAAUUCUAUCUUUUCCCUAUUAUAGCUAGGGAAAAUUUUUCAUGUGGGAGUGUUCAUGUAUGUUCAGGUGCAUGUGUACAUGUGUAAGGAGGCCAGAGAUCAAUCUUAGAUGCCACCCCUCCUAAGGUACCUUCUGCCUUGGGAUUGGUGGUGGGGGUUGUGCUUGUUUUGUUCGUUGAUUGUUUUUUAGUUAGCUCAUUAGGCUAGUCUGCUGGGCAGUGAGUCUCAGAGAUCCUCUUGUCUCUACCUCCCCAAGUCUUGAAAUUACAAAGCUGCAUCAAUAUUUUUACAUGGGUUCUGGGGACUAAACUUGGGCCCCCAUUCUGUGUGUCAAGCACUUCACUGACCAAGCCACUUGCCCAGCCCCAGAGGACAUUUUCUGAGAUGGAUCAACAUGUAUUCUUUCAGACAGCACAUGGAGUGUUUCCCGUAGACCUUAGUAUCAGGACUUUCAGCAAAGAUUUGAGUAAGCAUCCUACUAGAGGACCUACACCUGAUCAUUCAGAGUUGCCAACCCCCAGGCUGGGUUCUGAAGCUCCAGAAGGCAAAAGCUGAAAAGGUGUCUACUUAUUCUGCAUUGAAGAUGGGGAAUUUUGCCAAAUGUGCCUUCAUUCAGGACAAGGAAUUGUCCCAAAUACUGUGGGGGAGGAGAGACUCACUGGUUGGCUGGUGGGUUAACAAUUCAAGUGCUAUGGCUUUGUGGAAAGUGCCAUGAACUGUGAGAGAGAGAGAGAGAGAGAGAGAGAGAGAGAGAGAGAGAGAGAGAGAGAGAGAGAGAGAGAGAGAGAU